AUGAGGGUCAGCCGUGGCGCCGUCGCGUGCGCCGCCCUCAUGCUCCUCUCCACCGCUGCAGCGCUGCGGUCCGAGCCGAGCAGGCUGAGCACGAGCGGCGCGCCCAAGCUCCGCGCCUCCGCAGAGGCCGCGCAGGCUAAUGCCACCUUCUGUAGCAAAGAGGAGGCCUUCGCCUGGGCCAAGAAGGACCACCGGAGGCUCCUCCACGUCGUCUACCGCGUCGGCGACAUCCACAAAACCAUCAAGUUCUAUACGGAAUGCCUGGGCAUGAAGCUGCUGAGGAAGCGCGACAUACCCGAAGAGAAGUACACCAAUGCUUUCCUCGGAUACGGCCGCGAGGACGCCCAUUUCGUCGUCGAGCUCACCUACAACUACGGGGUCGACAAGUACGAUAUCGGGGCGGGGUUUGGUCAUUUCGGCAUCGCAACCGAUGAUGUGGCAAAAACGGUUAAAAUCAUAAGAGCAAAGGGAGGCAAGGUGACAAAGGAGUAUGGCACUGUCAAGGGUGGCAAGACCGUGAUCGCGUUCAUCGAAGACCCUGAUGGCUACAAAUUUGAGAUCCUUGAGAGGCCAGGGACUCGAGAGCCACUAUGCCAGGUGAUGCUUCGUGUCGGCGACCUCGACCGAGCCAUAAGCUUCUACGAGAAGGCUUAUGGUAUGGAACUACUCCGGAAGCGAGACAACCCUAGAAACAAGUAUACGGUGGCGGUGAUGGGGUACGGGCCCGAAGACCGGAAUGCAGUUCUGGAGCUGACCUACAAGUACGGUGUCGCUAAAUAUGACAAGGGGAAAGCCUAUGGUCAGAUCGCGACAGGCACCGACAAUGUCUACAAGACAGCCGAGGUGGUGAAGCUGUCCGGAGGGCAAGUGGUGCGGGAGCCAGGUCCCUUGCCAGGGAUCGGCACCAAGAUCACCUCUGUGCUUGACCCUGAUGGGUGGAAAACGGUAUUUGUUGACAACAUUGACUUCGCCAAAGAAUUGGGUGGUCAUGCGCACCAUUGA